UUUAGACUCUUUAGUCAAACUCCCCACGAAAACAAACAGUCAGCUACAGUAACUGGAAGGCUGAGAGGCUGUGAUAUACAGAGUGAGGUUUUCAGGUCUUAUACAGCAGGUUAAUUCACCAUAGUCUCUCCUGUCCAAUCACAGUCAUGGACUGGGUCUAUUCAACACUCUGGCUGCUGGGUGUGUCUGUGUGUGAGUUUUGGGUUCCAGUCUCUUCUGCAGUGAUUGGCUGUGGGGAACCUGAACCGUUGCCGAAUGGAAGGGUGACGUUCAUAUCUGGCUCUCAGAACCAGCACCUCUCAGUCAUUCAGUACCAAUGCAAUGCGCAGUUCUACAGUCUUCCUGAAGGACAUAACGGAAACUUCACAUGCUCAUCAGACGGAAAAUGGAAAGACCGCCUGAACAGCUCACUGAUUCCUCAAUGUAUCCCAGUGUGUGGUUGUCCUACAGUGAAACUUUCAGGAUUUGGAAGGAUUUUGGGGGGAAAGCCAGCUCCAGCUGGAUCCUUCCCCUGGCAGGUGUUGUUGACAGGUAAUGGUAGAGGAGGAGGGAUAGUGGUCGGGGACCGCUGGAUCAUGACUGCAGCACAUGUCCUGGAUCUAUAUCGCAGGGAAUUUCCUAGGGUAUAUGUUGGACACAACAAUGUGGAAAUGCUCAUCCAGUCUCCACCUCUUGAGGUCGCCUCUCUCCAUAUUCACCCUGAAUACAACAAUAUAGGUGAUGUAAACUACGACCAUGACAUCGCCCUGAUCCAUCUCAAACAUCCAAUCACAUUCAAUGCUCAUAUCAUGCCACUGUGUCUGCCAGCAAAGGACGCUAAAUAUCCGACUGGGCGGAAUGGCUUAAUUUCAGGAUUUGGCUACAAAGAGUUUGAUAUGGCUACCAAUAACCUCAUGUAUGUUCCUCUACCUGUGGUGAACCAGACAAUCUGUAGAAAAUCUAUUGAGAAGGUGAAAAAUGAAACAAAUCUCAGUCUAACAGACAACAUGCUCUGUGCUGGGAAUUCUGAGGGAGGCAAGGACUCCUGUACGGGAGACAGUGGAGGAGCGUACAUCCUGAAGGAGGGUGAUUAUUUCUGGGCAGCAGGGAUCGUUAGCUGGGGGAUUAACUGUGGAAAGCCUGGACAAUAUGGGGUUUACACCCGUGUGGCUAACUACGUAGACUGGAUCAAGAAGACCAUAGAGGAGGAAGAGCAAAAAACAAUCUGUGGAAGACCGAUGGUGUCCAUAGAAAUACACCAAAGGAUUCUGGGAGGAGAGGUAGCUCCAAAAGGAACAUUUCCCUGGCAGAUGCUUCUCAGUGUGGAAGGAGGCCGAUCAGGAGGGAUGGUCAUCGGGGACAGGUGGAUCCUGACUGCUGCUCAUGGCCUGGUGCAUCAACAUAACAACCAAGUCAUCAAGAAGAGUGAAGUUAUGGCAUACGUUGGCGACAACAAUGUGGAAAACCUCCUUCAGUCUCCACCUCUUGAAGUGGCCUCUCUCCAUCCUCACCCUGGGUACAGUAACACAGACGGUUUAUCCUUCAACCACGACAUUGCCUUGAUCAAGCUUCAACACCCACUCACAUUCAGUAGUUCCAUCAUGCAGGUGUGUCUGCCUGCAAAGGGUGCUGAAUACUCCACUGGAAGAGUUGGCUGGGUUUCAGGGUUUGGCCUCAAAGAUGAUGAUGAAAAGCCCAGUUACCUCAGAUAUGUCCGGAUUCCCCUGGUGGACCAGGUGAAGUGCAGAAGCUCUAUUGAUGAGGUGAGGAAGAAGAAGAGAGAAGCCCCUGAUUUGACAGACGGCAUGUUCUGUGCCGGGUUACCAGAGGGUGGAAAGGACACCUGUGCAGGGGAUGGUGGAGGGCCGUAUGUCCUGAAGUAUGGGGGAGUUUUCUGGGCAGCAGGGAUCGCCAGCUGGGGAAUUGACUGUGGAGAACCAGGCCAAUAUGGGGUCUACACCCGUGUAGCUAACUAUGUAGAAUGGAUCGAGAAGACGAUGGAGGAGAAUCGAAAUUAGGGCUGUAUAAAUUAUGCAAGAAAUGUUUGAGUUUGUCGAGGAUAGCAGCAAAUAUACAAUAUAAACACAAGAUAUGUUUUUUAUUGAAUUAAGGGUUUUCUGUAACUGGAGCAUAUUAAAUACAUGUUGUCUGUU